AUGGGCGGCGGGUACAAGGCCGACACAACGCCCCUGCUGAAGGCCCUCCUGCACGGAGCUAAAUUCCCUUCCUGUUCCGUGAACGGCGUGCUGCUGGGAUUCGACGGGGGCGACGCUGAUGGUGUCCACGUCGUGGACGCGGUGCCCCUGUUCCACACGGCCCUGCCGCUGGCGCCCCACCUGGAGGUCGCCCUGGCGAUGGUCGACGCUUAUGUGAAGGCACAGCAAGGAGGUCUCCAAAUUGUGGGUUACUAUCAAGCAGAUGCUGCUUAUGGCGUGACUGAGCUUGGCAAGACAGGGAAGGCAAUCGCGGAUAGGCUACACCAGCAGACAAAGGCAUCGUGCGCACUGCUGAUUGACAGCAAGAAACUGGCUGCAAUGGUCAACGAAAAGGAAGACUUGCCAUUCGAGCUCGUCGUCCGCCGGCCCAACGGCUGGCAGGUGGCAAAGGUCGACAAGGAUGGCAACGGGGGGCUGGUGUGCACUGGGGGCAGCGUGCGGGAUUUGCUGCUAAACUACUGGAACGCCCAGAAGCACCACAAGAUAUGCGACUUCGACGAGCACCUGGAUGACAUAACCAAGGACUUCCUGAAUCCCGACCUUCUGGCCUGA